ACUCAGUUGGAGCAGCAGUUUUCACAUUUAUUAAUUUAUAACAAUCAAAAUGUAAUGAUCUCAAUUCAAUUCUAAGUACUUUAACACAUAAAAGGUCAGUGUAGGUUUUAACAGUUUGUGGCAACUAAACUUGGAACAACAUAAUAGGGAAAUACAGUAGUUAUCAUAUGUAUUUCAACAUGCACUAGAAAUUACAUUAUAAUUAAAUUACAUCAGUAAAUUGCACAUUGUCAAAAACUUCCAUUUUGCUACAAUAAUAUAUACAAUAAUAUUAUAUUAAUAAAGUGAAUUUAGCCUAUAACCCUAUAUCACAAUGUACAGUGCACCAUAUAUCAGUGAUAAAGUGCUUUACAAAAGGCAAAUAUAAAAGAGCCAAGUAAAAACUUAUAUUAGAGUUGCCACAAUCAGUGGGUCAAUUGACUAGUCAGUCAACAGGAAAUUGCUUUUCUUUGUGAUCUUUGAAGACAAUAGUUUGCCCAGCUAACAAUGUUCGGUUCCGGGAACGUUCAGCGAACGUUAAUUUUAGGUAAAAUAUAUGGUUCGCUGAACGUUCGCUGACUACCGUCAGUAGAAGAAGCCUACUUUUAAAUUUUUCUCAAAGGUUAUUUUUGUACGUUCCUGGAACGUUUGUUAAAGGUUAUUUUUGUGGAACCCUUCUCUGAAAGUUUCUCUCUGUAUUUGCAUGGAAAUCAUUAAAAUCACUUUUGGGCUCACAUUUUCUAUGGUGCAUUUGCGGACCUCCGUUUUUUCCGGCGUUGUGUCAGAGUUGUUUACGCUGACGUCACUAUUUCCAUGGCAACAGAACUUGACAGCUGUUCACCCAAGAAACAGGGGCAGGAGAUGUUAAUCCAUUCAGCCUGACCAAGUGCCACAACACCAACACCUGAGGGAAACAUGGGCCUGUUGUCCAUUCUUCGGAGGUUGAAACAGUCUCCAGAACAGGAGGUGCGCUUACUGUUGUUAGGUCUGGACAACGCUGGCAAGACCACUCUGCUGAAACAGAUGGCAGCUGAAGAUAUCAGCCACAUCACCCCUACUCAAGGCUUCAAUAUAAAGAGUGUUCAGUCUUCUGGCUUCAAGUUGAAUGUUUGGGACAUUGGAGGUCAGCGCAAGAUCCGACCCUACUGGAGGAAUUAUUUUGAGAACACAGAUGUGCUGAUCUAUGUGAUUGACAGCUCAGACAGGAAAAGGUUUGAGGAGACAAGUCUGGAGCUGGCUGAAUUGCUGGAGGAGGAGAAGCUUGCUGCCGUGCCACUGCUAAUCUUUGCCAACAAGCAGGACCUGAUGACAGCCACCCCGGCCUCUGAGCUGGCAGAAAGUCUCAGUCUGCACACUAUCCGGGAUCGCAUGUGGCAGGUCCAGGCCUGCUCAGCACUCACUGCUGAAGGAGUUCAGGAUGGCAUGACCUGGGUUUGCAGAAAUAUAACAUUUCGGAAGAAAUAAUUCAGGAAGCGAAAUAUCCGUGAAGAAUUGCAGUUGCACUUUAUAUUUGACCAAUCCAGUAAUUUUAUGUCCAGGACAAGGAGGUGACAGAUUGUGUUAUUUUUCUAAUGACUAUCACCUCGAAUAUUCUGUCUUUACUUGAAAACAUUACAUAGAAAUUAUCGAUAGAGUGACGUUAACUUCCUGAUGAUGUGAAUGCAUAUCUUGAAAUGUAAAUACUGUAUAAAGGCUGUUUUAUUCAAAGUGCUAUUUCUGAAUGCAUGUUUUUGUAAUGUGGCACUUUUAAUACCUGGGUAUGUAGACAAAGUCUGUCUAAAUAAACAUUAUUGUGUGGUGGA